AUGGCGAAUUUAAGAAGAGCAACAAUUUAUUGCUUCAAGACAUUUUCUUGCGCGUGCAAAACCGUCUCAAUUGUGUGUGUCUUCGUUGCAAUCGCCUUCAUAAUCGCUGGAGUGGUAAUGGUAGUGAAGAAUAAGAAAGAUCAUGUUGAUCGUGAUGAUGACUACGACGAUGAUUACAUGAUUGGCCCAGAAUGGCAAGAGAGACUGUGGAAUAGUCUUGAUUUUUUUGGGUCUCUGUCUUCUAAUCUUCUCUUUGUGUACAAGUUUCUGUGCAUUUCAAAUCAGAAUUUGCAAGCGCUGUCUUCAGGAAAAAUUGGAACCCGAAGGAGAGAUUAUCACAGAUCAGUUCGUCGUAAGCAACAUUCAUUUAAUCUUUUUGUUUCUAUUGUGCUUCCACUUUAUAAGUGUACAUUUAAAGCCCCCCAGCCUCAGCCGGGUGUAAGGCUCCCACCAACCUAUCCAACGUACGCUGCUGACUAUCAACCACAACCUCAAGGCCCUUAUCCAUACUAUGAACCCUACCCAGGUAAAGUUCCACCUCAACGUCAAGCACCGCCCAUACCAAACCUACCACCGACAAUGCCUCCAGCCUACGAAGAUGUUGUUUCUGGUGCUCCUACAGCUCCACCAGCUGAGGCAAUAACCCCUGCUAAGCUUUGA